GGGAAGGCAGGUAGUGGCCGGACGAUCUGCGGGGGAGAGGUGCUGCUGCCGAUGCCGCCGGACUUCAAAAAAUCAGAAUGGCUCUCAGACAAGUAAUUCAGAACUAUCGCUGCUCUCACUAGCAUCCCACUAAUAAUCGAGUUGUCAGAGAACCUUGAUUAAGCAUGGAAUUGAUGAAGAAUAUUCAUUCUGGUCUCCCUCUUCCUGAGCCAGAGUCUGAUACUCACAGACUGUCCCUGAUCCGAGGGGAUUAUCUCUAUUACCACUACAGUUGUGAUGGCAUGGACGACUGUGGCUGGGGCUGUGGGUACCGCACAAUGCAAACCCUCUCCUCCUGGAUAAUAUUACAGCAGACUAACAGGAAGAACCACAAGGUACCCACCCUGAGGGAGGUGCAAGUGGCCCUUGUUGAAAUGGAGGACAAGCCCCACAGUUUCGUUGACUCCAAGACGUGGAUUGGCUCCUUCGAAAUUGCCUUGUGCCUCGACAAAUUCUACGACGUCCCCUGCAAGCUCAUCCAUGUGCGGCAAGGGGGAGAGCUGCUGCAGAAGAUAGAAGAGCUUCACUCGCACUUUGACACAUUGGGGUCCCCGGUCAUGAUGGGCGGAGACAGCGACAGUGCAUCAAAGGGAAUCCUGGGAGUUUACACAGGGUCAGAGAACCACUACCUGCUUGUUCUGGACCCUCAUUAUUCUGGGAAGACCCUAGACAAGGAAUAUGCUCAACGAAAAGGUUGGGUUGCCUGGAAGAGACUGGACUUGUUUGAUCAGAACUCAUUUUAUAACUUCUGCCUCCCUCAGUGGAAGGGUGUGUAAUUUCAUGUCACUGAGGCAAACUUGCAGCUGCUGGCCAAAGACUCGGUCUGCUGUUGUGAAGUGAUGGAUAUACAGGGCCAUUUGAUGAAAUAGGGGUGAAAUAGAGUUGACUUGCCAGUCUAGAUUAUGUGAAGCUGUUGACUACUAUCUUGAGUGGCUGCAACUUCUAGUCAUCAUCGCCAUUAUGCACCAUGUCCUAUGACAGUGAUCAUGAUCCAUGACCAAGGUUUUUGGCAAAUUUUUCUACAGAAGUGGUUUGCAAUUAGUACUUUUGGGCAGAAUCUUUAGAAGACAGGUGACUGCAGUCGUUAUCAAUACUCUUCAGAGAUUGUCUGCCUGGCAUCAGUGUCACAUAACCAGGACUUGUGAUAUGCACCAGUUGCUCAUACGACCAUCCACUACCUGCUCCCAUGGCUUCACAUCACCCUGAUUGGGGGAAUGGGGGCUAAGCAGCUGCUACAUCUUGUCUGUGGCUGGCCUGUAGGCUAGCAGAGGGAAGGGGUGCCUUACGCCUCCUUUAGAGAUGUAUCUGUGUCCUGUCACCCAGUAAUGGAGAUAGAUCAUACAGGAACAUCCAUUGCUUCUAACUUCAAGUUUCAUUCCUUACCAUGAAGAAAUUUCCAGUGACAUACUAAUUAAUAUUCUGGUACUGGAGAGGCUGGGCACACAUCAUCUUAAGAAACAAAGUACUCAGCUGGUCAGGCAGCAUCUGACCAGCUGUCUAGAGUGGAACAUUAUUUCUGGAGAUUUCCCCAUUUUUCUCUAAUCAGAACCUGCAGAAUAAAAUGCACUAACUCUUGACCCAGGAAGCAAGUGGCCCUUAUUGCCAGUGCUGUUUCUUUUUUUUCUUAAAAAGGUUGAGCUUAGUUCAGGGGUUCCCAACCUGGGGUCCAUGGAUCCCUUGUUUAAUGGCAUUAGUUCCAUGCCACAAGAGGUUGGGAACCCCUGGCUUAGUUCCAUGCCUUUGAAUUUUAUCCAUAAACAUUCUCUCUAAUCCUGGAUCAACUCUAGUUUGAAAUAAUCUAUUCUUGUGGAAAAUCUGGGGGAAAAAAUUCUCAUUUCCCAUCAAUCUAUUGACAGCAAUUUUGAGUAUAAUUUCUAGAUACGAGCCCUCGCUUUAAACCCAUCUUCCUGACAACCUCUUGGGUCUCCAAGAAGCUGGAAAUUCCCCCAUUAUUACAAACACAAAUUUUUACACAAGAGCUGACGCCCACAAGCUGCACCAUACUAAGGGGAGUAGAUUGUAUUUUAAACCAGUAUAGUGGGCUUAUAGAAAUGGAUAGUGUUCUACAGUGUGAGAUGAGAUGCCAAUUUCACUUGUUCUCUAAAGCACUUAUAUAGGAACUUACUAAAUCACACCAGAUGAUGUAACCUUGCCCCCAUUUAUGGAAACUCCAUUUUCGAGCUUUCCUUUUUAAACAAAGCAUUUCAAAAUGGUUCCUGCUCCCUUUGUAAGUUGGUCUUUUCAAGCAUGUCGCAGAAUAGCUGGGCAAACCGGCAGGCCGGAACACAGGUGGAAGAAACCAUUCAUCUUAUUGACACUUAAACUAAUUUGCAAUCUGGCCAGAUUUACUUUAAUCAAAUUUCUUUAGUGGCUACAAUCAUGUUUUUUUUUUCCACAUCUGCAUUCUGGAGCUGCCUCUCUGCAGUGGGAAUUAAAGCAUUAUCUUGCCUCCCGUUGCAUAGCAACUGCCCUUGUAUACCCAUUGGUGAGUUUGACCUAAUUUAUAGAUAAAACCCAGGAGGUAGGGAUGUUGAUUUAAUUUCAGUAAAGCUAGCCAGGAGAUAAAUCUCUAUGGUUUUGGGAAUAUCAGCAAACUCUGAGGAAACCCAAGCCUGCUGCCUUUUGUUUUUUAAAAGAAAAUGUUACUGAUAUUAAUAAUGAAUACCUGUUUACUCAGUUAUCUUAAAUUAAUUUAUCUCAAUAAAUCCAUCUUGUGACUUGAUUUCUUUUGUUGCGUGCUGUUCUUGUUGAUCCCCAAUUGCUGGAAUUCACAAACUGAGCCCUCCCCAUCAUGUGCAGUGCUGUAUGUCAUAUACAAUCACUGUCUUUUCAUGACCGUUAUUGUUCUCGGCAAAUUUUUCUACAGAAGUGGUUUGCCAUUGCUGCCUUCUGACAGCAUCUUUACAAGAGGGG